UGGAUAUUGCAGCAACUCAGACCUUUUCAAUCCAUGCCUACAGAUGAGAGAGACAUCCAGAGGUUGAGGAGAGAGAAAGAGAGAUGGAGGAGGUUUAAGGGAGGUUUAGGUCUACCAACUGGUGGUUCGAGAUUGCACUCCUUAACCAAACAUCAUCAACGGCAAAAACCAAGGCAAGCAACAACUAGGGUAGAUAGAUAGAUAGAAAGAAAGCAAACCCAGAAAGAGAAACCAGAGAGAGAGAAACCAUGUUUUCUUUUGGAAAAGAAUUUGAGUUUCUGAGUUAAACAAACCUUUUAGGAGUUUUCAUGAGAGAGAGAGAGAGAGAGAGUGUACGUAUGCAAUUCUCACGUGGGCAUAGAACUAUGAAUGGAAUGAUGAUGGGAAAGGAAAAAUAUGAUAGGAAAGAGAAGAGUAAAGGGGGUGAUGAUUUUUGUACUUUGAACUUUAAUAUACUAAACUUCGUAUUCUGAGUUAUUUUUAUGUUUUGUUUUUCGAAUUUUUGGUGUCUGUGAGAGAUGUGGUCAAAAGGCUGUUUGAGUCUUGGGAUCAGGAUGUUUCCGUCGAGGAGGAUUAUUCCGGCGGAUCGGAGCUUCUCUGUUCCCCACAAGACACACAACAGUCACUUGUUUUCAGAUUGACUAGGUUAUCAGCUCAGCUUCCCUAGUGAAAUAGCGUUGGACAGACAAAAAGAUGGCCACUUAUUUUCCAAAUUCAAACGACCAAAGGGAUGUUGCACCAAUGCUCUAUAUGAGGGAACCUUUGUCCAGUUCUUAUGGAGAAGCAUCAGCUCUUCCGGGGAAUAUGAUGAUGCAUAUGAACUACUCAUCUGCUUCUGGGUCAUAUUCAAAUACAGUGGCAGGGAAUUCCCAGCAGCAAAUCAGCUGCAUUGAUAUUCCACCUGUGGGAGUCUCGGAUCCCAACUCGUCACCACAAGAAAUUCUGCCUAAUCUUGGAGGGUCACGAUUUGGGGAACACGACUUCAGUUCAUGGAGGUAUGGUCGGAAUGAAUUGCUGCUAAUGCACACUAUGGGUGGUGCCACCAGCACUCUUCAAGGUGGUCAGGGUUUAUCCCUCAGCCUGAGUUCACAUAUACCCUCUGGAAUGCAGAUAUCUUCUGUUCAAUACCGGAAUCCUAACUCGGGUUACUCUUCAUUCUUGAGUCCUAAUUCUUCAAUUUCAGCAGAGGGCAGUGGCAGGAAUUUGUCUUUUAGAGAUGAUAACUCCCAAAAUAAAGAAUCAAACAACACUGAAUAUAUGAUACCUGGUUUUCCAGCAAGCAAUUCAGAUUCAAUGAAAACAGAUAUUUCUCCAUAUGGAAUGCCAACUAUUGCAAGAACCAUUCCGAAUUCCAGAUACUUAAAAGCAGCACAGCAAUUGCUUGAUGAAGUUGUAAAUGUCGGGAAAGCUCAGAGGCGGCGUGAUUCCCAGAAAGAUUUUACGAAGGAUUCUAAAGAAGUUGAUGGUGGAUCAAAAAAUGGGACCUCGGUGCCCCCUGCAACUGGUGAGUCUUCAAACCAUCAAGAAUCAUCCAGUAACUCACCAAGUGAGCUUUCUGCGGCUGAAAAACAGGAUCUACAAAACAAGAUGACAAAGCUUUUGUCUAUGCUGGAUGAGGUUGAUAGAAGGUACAGACAGUAUUAUCAUCAGAUGCAGAUUGUUGUUUCUUCAUUUGACGUAAUAGCAGGAUGUGGGGCGGCUAAACCCUACACAGCACUUGCCCUCCAAACAAUUUCUCGUCACUUCCGGUGCUUGCGUGAUGCCAUAAAUGGCCAGAUUCGAGCAUCACAGAGAAGCCUUGGGGAACAAGAUGCUUCUGCAAGUAGUACAGGGGUUGGAAUAUCUCGCCUCCGUUAUGUAGACCAGCAGAUCAGACAACAGAGAGCCAUUCAGCAGCUUGGCAUGAUGCAACAACAUGCAUGGAGGCCACAGAGAGGGCUGCCCGAAAGCUCUGUUUCAAUAUUGCGUGCUUGGCUCUUUGAGCAUUUUCUUCAUCCCUACCCAAAAGAUUCUGAUAAAAUCAUGUUAGCUAGGCAGACAGGCUUGACGAGAAGUCAGGUUUCAAACUGGUUUAUAAAUGCACGAGUACGUCUUUGGAAGCCAAUGGUGGAAGAAAUGUACAAAGAAGAGACUGGUGAUGCUGAAAUGGACUCUAAUUCUUCCUCUGAAAUUGCACCCAGAGCUACGAAAGGUGAUGUGAAGGCCUCUGAGGAUGGAGGGGAAGAUUUACAACAAAGUGCAACUUCUGCAGCAACUGAACAUUGUAGCAACGGUCAAUUCUUUCAGUCAAAAUCUGAUCAUGUUCGUGAUGUAGAAAUGGUGGCUAAUUUCGAUUCCAGUUUCCAAAAUAUGAGCUGUGGAGGAACUGAAAUGGAAUAUGGGGUAGGAAAACCAAGAGGGGAAAAAAGGCCUACUGUGGAUGACUAUAAUCUUUUCCCAAGGAACAUGGUUCCUGCAUACCAAAUAUCAGAAUUGGGGAGGUUUGGAAAUGGAAAUGGAGUAUCACUCACAUUGGGAUUGCAGCAUUGUGAAGGUGGUAGUGUACCCAUGUCUAUUGAGACUCGUCAUAGUUUUGUCACCAUGAGAGGGGAAGGCAUCUACGAGGCAGCUGCUUCUCCUGUGGAGCCUGAUUCAACAGAUUUCGACUGCCUGGAUUCUGGAAACCGACAGCCCAGGUUUGGCCCACCCCAUUUGUUGCAUGAUUUUGUAGCAUGA